AGCGCAGCGCGCCAGACCGAGAGCGCACGGAACUUGUAGACAAUAGCCUUAUUAUUAUUGUUAUUGUUCAUAUUAUUAUUAUUAUUAUUGUUUCUCUAGUUUCUCGUUUCCUUUUCCCCCUUUAAUCGGCUUAGAGUAAAUAUACAAUUGAUGCGUUCUGUCCCUCGGCGCAUUUUUUUUUUUUUUCUUUUGGACAGGAGCAUGACGAAUGCUGUUCAUAUGACUGAUUUUACUUGAGGCCAUAGGAAAGAAAGGCGAAAUGGAGACGUUCACAAUACACGACAUGCUCAUAAAUUCCACCGAUCUGAACAAGAUUUUGUGCAAUUUUGGGAUCAAGAAUAUUUCCGAGUGCGGGCAGGAUCCAUCACCCGAGCCUAAAGAUAUCAACCAGACGGUGCGCAUCGUCCUCUACAGCCUCAUCUUCCUCCUCAGCGUCCUGGGCAACAGCCUCAUCAUCGCCGUCCUGGUGAGGAACCGGCGCAUGAGGACCGUCACCAACCUCUUCCUGCUGUCCCUGGCCGUCAGCGACCUGAUGGUGUCCCUGGUCUGCAUCCCCUUCACCUUCAUCCCCAACCUCAUGAGGGACUUCAUCUUUGGCACCUGCAUAUGCAAACUGGUCAUGUACUUCAUGGGUGUCUCAGUGAGCGUUUCCACCUUCAACCUGGUGGCCAUCUCCCUGGAGCGCUACAGCGCCAUUUGCAACCCGCUGACCUCCAGAGCAUGGCAGACCAAGUCCCACGCGGCCAAGGUCAUCACGGCCACCUGGAUGGCCUCCUUCAUCCUGAUGCUGCCCUACCCCAUUUCUAGCACCCUCAAGCCUUUCACCCGCCUCAACAACAGCACGGGACACAUGUGCCGCCUGCUGUGGCCCAACGACAUCAUCCAGCAGUCCUGGUAUGUGUGUCUGCUGUUGCUGCUCUUCCUGAUCCCUGGGAUCGUCAUGAUGACGGCCUACGGACUCAUCUCCCUGGAGCUCUACAGGGGCAUCAAGCUUGAGCUGUCCAACAGGAAAUCCAGUAGAGAGAGGCAAUGCAGCACCGGCAGCAUCAAGCCCGGUGACAGUGACGGCUGUUACAUGCCGCCGUCGAAAAAAAAGAGCAUCACAAUGAGUACAGGCAGCUUGGCCAGCUCCAGCGGCAAGCGCAUGGUGGGCCGUGUGUGCGGCAGCAGCUCCACAGCCAACCUGAUGGCCAAGAAGCGUGUGAUCCGCAUGCUCCUGGUCAUCGUCUUCCUCUUCUUCCUGUGCUGGACUCCCGUCUUUGUGGUCAACGCGUGGCAGGCUUUCGACCGGCACUUGGCCUACCGCCUGACCGGCGCGCCCAUCUCCUUCAUCCACCUACUGUCCUACACCUCCGCCUGCGUCAACCCCAUCAUUUACUGUUUCAUGAACAAGCGAUUCCGCCAGGGCAUGCUGGCCACCUUCAGCUGCUUCAGGCAGAGCGGCGCGGGGAGGAACGGCCUGGGGAGGUCGGCUGGCAGUGGAGCGGCUAAAGGGGAGGUGGGCCGAUUAAGAGCGGGGCCAAAGACCGCCGAGCAGAAUGGCCAUACCCCGUUGAGCGGGGCCAGCACACGCUUCACCUACACCGGCAUCCGUGCAUCAGCCUGGAGUGAGCUGACUUAAACCGGACCGAUGUGUCUGUGUGUGAGAGCACCGGCCCGAGUGCAAGCACUUGUAGGGAAUCAGUGGUGUGUUGCUUUAACGUGAAGCCCUCACAGCGCUUAUAGGACUAGUUUAUGAGCAGCUCUGUUGCUUUAGCUUGGAGUGUGACAUGACGUGGGCACAAUAGUUAAUGGCCGUGGGGCAGAAGUGGUGUGCAUUAAGUGCUCUCGCAACAGAUAAACAUGGCCAGAUGCCUCCCAGGGGGGGUUGCAGUGUCCAGGGUGGCUCACCGAAGGGCCACAAGUCUGACAUAGGGAGGGAGUGUUUUGCUGAAGCAGAAUACCAAUUAACGUAGUUUACCGCUCUCCAUAUAUGCUCGUCACACACUUUGUAGUUGGGCCUCUCCCGCAGCCAUUUUGCGGCCGUGCAGGGACCAAAACGGUCUCUCCACUCUUUCCAAUUCAUCGCUUUGAGCUAAUGGCGACGGGUACAAAAAUAUUUGAAAACACAACCGCUGCCAGAAGGUUUAGCCUGUGCAAAUUUAAAAAAAAAAAA